AUGCCCCGCGCCGCACAUCCUGAUCGUUCAGCAUCUGCCUCUGAAACUAUCACCCAUAACGAACACGCGAUGGCGACUGGCACGACCAAGCGCCCCCUCGCACACGACGAAGACGACAGUCUCAAGAAGAGCACGAAAAAGAAACGAAGCUUCUGGCGUCGCCUGUUCUCCUGCUUUAACCCCUGUCUCGACGACCCCGAAGCUCCUCACGACAUUCAUGUUACAAGAGACCCUCGAAAUGCUGCAUACGCCAAAAGAGCCGAAGACGACGAUAAAGCUGAUUCUAAUAAACUAACCGACGAAACCAUGGUCCAAACCUCGCCCUCGCGCGCUGGAUCGAACGGUGCCGCAUCCACCACGCUCCAUGCAACCUCGGCCGUUCCUUCCCCCCACCUCACUAUCCCCUCCACUCCAGUCGUCAUCACCGCACCCAGCACACCAACCUACAACACCUUUGAUCUCGAUCCCGACCCGGACGUCGUCAUCCCCCCUACCCCCAAGGGAUCCCACCUCUUGCCCGUCGACGAAACCGAGGGCGUAACGAGCGGCGCUGUUCAGCCCCCCGGCUCAACUGCUCACCCCGAAAAGACGGGUGACGAAACGGAUGGUGGCGCUUACACCGACGACGAGUUCCAUGAUGCCAAGGAAGAAGAAGACCUCGAUGCGGAAGAGAUGAGGUUGAUCAUGAACGCUGGAAGUGGAAUUCCUAUUGUUGAUGGAAAACCAAAGCCUUUGCUUCCUCCUGUCGCCGAAAAGCACAAGGGAAGGAAACUGACAGCGGCCCAGGUACUCGAUAUGGAUGAGACACUUCUCCAUUCCAGCUUCAAG